CGGGGCGGGGCGCGGGGCACUUGCCUUGAGGGCGUCCAGCCCCAUGAGGCGGCUCUUGCGGUCCUGAUCCUUGAGGAUGAGGAAGGGCCGCCCGUACUCGUCAAAAGCGAGGGUCCCCAUGGCCGACAUGGUGGCACUGCCGCCGCCCGACACCAGGCAGAGACCAAGCACACGCCGCUCCCAGCCCCGCCCCCUGCGAGUAAUGUCACUCCGCGCCUGCGCAACCGCUUCCACCAGUCCGGGUUUGCCGCUCGCGACUAAUGUGGCGCCCCCGCCGAACCCUUCUGGAAGCGUCGGAAUGGGGGGGCGUGGCCGCUGCCCAGGCCCCGCCCUUCCUGGGGGAGAUACCACUAACGGAAUCGCCCGUCGCAGCCACCCCCCGGGUUCUGCAGCCUAAGGGGAGGGAGGCGGGGCCUGAGCCUUGUGUGAGCAGGGCGGGGACAGAGGUGCGGGCACUGCGUUCCCCAUAAAAUCUACCCGAAUCAUUUCCUCCCCCCCGCGCCGGAUGGUAUCGCCCGUCCCGCAAUGCCCGGAUGUAGCGGGGCCUGCAGUAUCGCGAGACCUACGUGGGAGUUUCUCUUUGUAAAUGUUGAAGCAAGAUAGCCAUCCACAAGACAUCUUAGAAUAUGAAGUUUGAUAAUGACAAUUCAAGAAAAAAGAACUGGGGAUUGCUGGUUACUGGUAUUGUUGGUGGGACACUGGCAGCACUCUAUGCUGUUGUCACUCCCUUCAUAACUCCAGCACUGAGAAAAAUUUGCCUGCCUUUUGUUCCUGCAACUUCAACUCAGAUUGAAAAUGUUCUGAAAAUGUUACAAUGCAGAAAUGGAUCUCUGGUCGAUAUUGGUAGUGGAGAUGGACGAAUUGUGAUAGCAGCUGCAAAAGAAGGAUUCAGAGCUGUUGGUUAUGAAUUAAAUCCCUGGCUGGUCUGGUACUCCAGAUACUGUGCUUGGAGGGAAGGUGUGCAUCAUGAUGCCAAAUUUUACAUUUCAGAUUUAUGGAAGGUUAGAUUUUCCCAGUAUACAAAUGUUGUUAUAUUUGGGGUACCUCAGAUGAUGCCACAGUUGGAGAAAAAGCUUGAAGAUGAACUCAAGCACGAUGCCAGAGUCAUUGCCUGCCGCUUUCCUUUCCCGCAUUGGAUGCCAGAUUAUACUACUGGAGAGGGAAUAGACACUGUGUGGGCCUAUGAUUCAAAAAAUUUUAAAGGAAGUGACAACAGAUACUCAGAGAUUCUGCCAAUUAUGCAUUCCUCAUAAUAAAGUCAGGUUAAAAAGUG